AUUUCUCUCCUUCUCUCUCCACCUUUGUCCUCUCCCUCUUCUCUGUCGACAGCUACAGACACCUCUCUCUCUCUCACUUCAAACCCACACAUCUCCAAACCCUAGACCCUAAUUCAUACCCAUAGAUUUUAUGGGAUUUUAAAAUCUCCCCAAUUUUCCCUUCAAUUCGAUUUCAAGAAGGAACUAAGGUCCUCCUUUUUGCUCCUUAUUCGGAUAAAUCUAAGGUUUUAGGGGAUGGCUAGUUCAACCACCAGUAAUGUCUACAUCCACGUCAUCGAGGACGUCAUCAAUAAGGUCCGCGAAGAGUUCAUCAAUAAUGGCGGCCCCGGCGAGAGCGUCCUAACUGAGCUUCAAGGCCUGUGGGAAAUGAAAAUGAUGCAAGCUGGAGCUAUAUUGGGUCCAAUUGAGAGGUCCUCUGCUCCAAAAGCUACUCCAGGGGUUACUCCUGUUCAUGACCUUAAUGUACCCUAUGAAGGCACUGAGGAGUACGAAACCCCCACUGCCGACAUGCUCUUUCCUCCUACGCCACUACAGACUCCUAUGCCUACACCGUUGCCAGGGAUGGCUCAGACACCCUUGCCUGGAAAUGCUCAGACUCCGUUGCCUGGAACGGCCCAAACUCCUUUACCUGGCACAGCAGAUAGCUCACUGUACAAUAUUCCAACGGGUGGCACUCCUAUUACUCCUAAUGAGUAUUCUUCUGUAAAUGAUAGUGGUGGUGCUCCUGAAGUGAAACCAGGACCCGGGAGACCUAGUCCUUAUAUGCAACCGCCUUCACCAUGGUUGAAUCAAAGGCCUCCUCUUGAUGUUAACGUUGCUUAUGUGGAAGGCCGUGAAGAGGGUGAGAGGGGAGCUUCUCAUCAACCCAUGACACAGGAUUUCUUCAUGAUGUCUGCUGGAAAGAGAAAACGGGAUGAAUUUGCUUCACAGUACCCUAAUGGUGGUUACAUACCGCAACAAGAUGGAGCUGGGGAUACAAUUUCAAAUGAAUUAAAGGUAGGACAAGGGAGUAACACCCAACACAACACAACCAUUGCUGGAGCUGAAAUGUCUCUGCAAGGAGGGAGGGCUGUGUCCAGGAUUUCUCAACUAGAUGGUCCAAUACCUGAUCCAUAUGAUGACGUGCUUUCAACACCUAAUAUAUACAAUUAUCAGGGAGUUGUCAAUGAAGACUAUAACAUCGUUAAUACGCCUGCACCAAAUGACAUACAAGCGGCUACACCUGCUGCUGUCACCCAGAAUGACACUGUAGAUGAUGAUGAAGAUGAACCUUUAAACGAAGAUGAUGAUGAUGAAUUGGAUGACGUGGAUCAAGGGGAGGAUUUAAAUACUACUCAUUUGGUUUUGGCACAGUUUGAUAAGGUGACGCGUACCAAGAGCAGGUGGAAGUGCACUUUAAAGGAUGGGAUAAUGCGCAUAAACAAUAAAGACAUUCUCUUUAAUAAGGCAACAGGAGAGUUCGAGUUCUGAGUUGUUGCUGCUUUUGUGAAUGUCAGAAAAGUUUUUACUCUUGAGAGAUUAAAACUGAUGAGAUGAGUCUUGCUGUUUCUGAGUAUGCCUUUGGUUGAAUAUUAGGUGGUGGAAACUUGGGAGAGGGAGGAUGAGUUUAAAUGUUUUUCCUAGAGAGGCUCUACGUUGAAGCUUUUACCUGUUUACUGUAAUGUAUUACUGCAUCUAUAGUAAACCUUAUAUGACACUUGUUGGAUGAUAGAUAGUAAAUUGCAUCAUCUACUGCUUUUUUUUCCUGAA